UUCCUUCGUUAAAAGGCGGGGCUUGUUUCCAGGAAGUGAAGUCAACAGCGCAGCAAAACUCAGGGCCUCCCUCGUUUUGUUAUUCAAUUAUUCAUCUGUGCACAUUAUUCAAUAUUAGACAAUUAUGGGCGACGACGAGGAGAAGUAUGACGGAAUGCUGCUUGUUAUGGCCCAGCAGCACGAAGGGGGAAUAUACGAGUUAGUAAAUACAUUUUUCAGUUUCCUGCGGCGCAAGACGGAUUUUUUCACCGGUGGUGAUGAAGGUGCUGCAGAAAAGCUGGUGAAGGACGCUUUUGCCCACCACAACAAGCUGGCGAGGGAGGCCCACAGAGAAAAGCAAAAGAAGCAGGACAAGGAAAAGAAGGAGAAAGCCAAACGCGCCGCCCAGCUCGCCGAGGAGGACGAACGCAAGAGGGAGAACCAGGACGCCUCCAGGAUUCAGGAGCUCACCGACGAGGAAGCCGAGAAACUCCAGACGGAAUUGGACGAGAAAAAGAAAGAAGACGAGACGAAGGAGAAGGAAACCGUAAAGGUGGACAAACCGGCGGAUGAUGGAGACAACGAUAAGGAGUCUGACACCGAGGAAGAGGAUGAGAAGGACAAAGACAAACUGAAGCCAAACGCGGGAAACGGCGCCGACCUGCCCGCCUACAAGUGGACUCAGACGCUGUCCGAAUUGGAUCUGACGGUGCCGUUCGACGUGAAGUUCCGCGUCAAGGGCCGGGACGUGGUGGUGGACAUCCAGCGGCGCUCGCUGAAGGUGGGCCUGAAAGGGCACCCGCCCGUGGUGGAGGGGCAGCUCUUCAACGAGGUCAAGGUGGAGGAGAGCUCCUGGCUGCUGGACGACGGCAAGGUGGUGGUGGUCCACUUGGAGAAGAUUAACAAAAUGGAGUGGUGGAGCAAGAUCGUUGACGCGGAUCCGGAAAUAAACACAAAGAAGAUCUGCCCGGAGAACUCAAAGCUGUCCGACCUGGACGGUGAAACGCGCGGCAUGGUGGAGAAGAUGAUGUACGACCAGCGGCAGAAGUCCAUGGGGCUGCCCACGUCCGAGGAGCAGAAGAAGCAGGACAUCCUGAAAAAGUUCAUGGCUCAGCACCCGGAGAUGGACUUCUCCAAAGCCAAAUUCAGCUGAGAGCACUCCCGUGUGUGCGUGUUCACCGUGGUGCCUGGACACGCCGUCUUUGUUCUUCUUCUUCUUCCCCCCCCCCCCCCCCUUCAUUCACACCCAGGUACCAUACAGUCAACUCUCGUCUCUUCCUGGC